AUGUCUGUCGAUUGUUUUCAACAACCGCCAAGAAGAAAUCGUCGAAGUUUUCAGCAUGCUGAACAAUAUCGUAAUCAAGCACCAAUAAUAAUUAAUAAAUAUGAAAAUAAUAGAUAUAGAAGUUCAUCAAGAUCAAAUAAAUUCACUGGUAUUGUCUUAUCUGAUUCUAUGUGUAAAUAUGUACGAGCCGAUAAGGUAAGUUCACAAGGUAUUCAAGUAAGAAUAUCUUUUGAAUCUGGAUGCGAUUGUACUCGCAUGCUAAAUUAUUUAGAACAACAAAGUAUAGAAAAAAAUUUUAUAUUGCAAUCAAAUUCUAUUCUUUUUUCUUUAUGUAUAAAUGAUGUUGCCAAUCUUGGUCCUAAUCUUGCUAUAGAACAUUGUCGAUUAUUAAUUCAACGUACUCGACAACUAUUUCCUCGAUUAAAAUCCAUCGGAUGGCUAGCAUUAUCACCACGACACAAACCAUCCAAAUUAUAUAACUCAUCUGAAAUCGAUAAAAAGAACAAAGAAUUCAACCAACUGCUAAAAAAUUUAUCGAAUGAAAUGAAUUUUCAAAUUAUAAAUGCAAAUCUUCAAAAACAACACAUGCACGAAGAUGGUUUUCAUCCACCUAUACAAUCAGGACGUAUACUUAUUGAAUGUGCAAUAAAAAAUUGGUUUUCGAAACAAAAAGAUACUUUUUCAUCGUCUAAUUUAGAUAACUUUGAUAGACGCAAUAAUUUAGCACAGAACAAUUUUAAUCAUCGUAACCACAACAAUCAACAGAAGCAACAACAGCAUCGAUAUCGAUAUCAAUAUAAGCAAAACCAGCAACAGCAGCAAUAUUAUCAUAAACAACCAUAUCAACAAUAUCAACAACAACAGCAACAGAAUUAUCCAAUUGAUAUUAAUAAUAAAAACGUUUAUCAACCAUUAUCAUUAUCAAAAAAACGAAAACAACAACAACAACAACAACAGCAAAAAUUUCCACAAGAAACACAAUACCAAUCGAGUAAAGUAUUAAUCAAUCAUUACCCACAUUUUAUAAGACAUAAAGAAGAAUUCUUUCGAAAAGUUUUAAUUUCAAUAGAAUUAGAAAAUUAUAAAGAAAAAAUAUUUCAAUUGAGUAAUAUGCAUUAUCAAACAGAAUAUUUUAAGUUAGAAGGAAAAAAUGGAAAAUUUAUAAAAUAUCAGCAAUGA